GUUUAACAAUUUCCAUCAUAUGAUUUUGACACUGGAUGUUUGUUUAUCAUUUUUAUUAAUUGGUGAACGAGAAAUUUAUCAUUGAGCAGAAAUACAGAGCGAAACAUUGUACCAUUUAUUUAAAAAGAAAAAAUACCACCACCCACCACGUACGUUCAGGAUGAAUUUGGAAAACACUAAUCACGCUUUGAUUUAUCCCAAGUCUGAUGCAGCAAACAAGAAAUCAUCGAUUGUUUAUGGAGACUACAUUUUAAGCACGGGGUCUAUUUUAACCAAACUAGUCGAAAGGAAGAAACUGAAGAAGAACGUAGAAAAUCGCUUAAUGAACAACAAAGUUAUAACUGUUAAAGAUGAAGAAUGGAUGAGCUUACAAAGUGAAAUUUUCAUAGUAAUUCUUAAGAACAAAAAUGGAUUGGUUCGACGUCAGGCACGGCUGAAAUAUAUUUUUAACAGUAACACCAUUUUCGAAUCCAUCAAAGAUAUUUUAUCGGGAUUUCGGUCGUACAAAGUACCGUUUGAUCAAAUUGGCUUCCAUCAGUUAUUGGUAUCGAGUUUCGUGAUAUUGGAAUUCUGUGAUAAUAAAUCAAAUAAAAAAGCCGACGAGUCGUUGAUUGAUGUAAUGAAUGCAGAUGCUGAUUCAAAGGAAAGCUUAAACAAAUUAGAUACGGUAAUCUGUGUGACAACGCCAUUUGCGCACGAGAGUUUCUUCAAUACUGUAAAUGUAUCGAAGGUAGCUAACAUAUUUGGACUGAACAAAUGCAUGUUGAUUAUAUCAGCACCAUUGGUAUAUGGUUGUGAAGGUGGAGGAGUAUACGAUAGCAACCAAAAGCUUAUCGGAAUUGUAAUAAACACGACAUUUUGUUGGAAUAAUGAGACUGCUAUUUUGUCACUCGUUGCUGAUUAUCGAAAUAUCGCCAGAGAAUUCCUACAACGGGUCACUUCAAGAAUACUAAAAUGUCCUUCGAGCGAACCUGCACCGAAAUGUCUAAUGCAACGAUCUGUUGUAUUGAUUCAAUCUGGCGCAUCUUGGGGUACUGGAUGCUUGUUAAAAGUAAAUGGCAUCAGAAUGAUCAUAACGUGUAGUCAUAUUAUUGCUGUGGACGCCCUAUCCACCGUGACGUGCUUUUUGAAGAAAACCAAGUUUUCUAGCAAAGUUCUGUAUAAAAAUCCCAAAUUCAAUCACGCCUACGACAUAGCGAUUUUAGAGGUGCCGACUAACAUUCCAAAUAAUUGUUUUGCUGAAUACGCUACAGACAGACCGCAAGUCGGUGACGGUGUCUAUUCAGUUGGAUUUCCACACUUUUCCUCACUUUCAACGAAAAUCGAUUCGCCGAGUAUUUAUGAUGGACGAAUCACAAAACUGUCGAAAGGGAUGAUACUGGCUGAUGUCAAUGUUCAAGCUGGACAAAGCGGCUGUCCCUUAUUUAGUGAAGACAAAAAACUUCUCGGCGUAUGCAUAUCAAACUCAAAAGAUUCUGUCUACAAUUUGGUUUACCCGAAUAUAAGCAUGGCUGUGCCAAUUUACGACAUUAUUCCAAUACUGAACGAAUUUAGUUUAUCUGGCGAUAAAAAUGUGUUAAGCCAACUGGAAGCAGAUGAUAGUGUGAUGGACAUUUGGCAACUUAAACCACCCCAGAUUAUCAGUAAACUUUGAGAAUUGUAGAACAAAUACAAGUCAAUGAUUUGGUAUUAUUGUGGGGUAAUAGUUAACGCUAAAGGCUUUUUGUAUUAAACUUUGUUAUUGAUUUGAACGAG